AUGACACUCAAGCCUAUGACGGAGCUCGGCCGUUCCAACCCUAUAUACCCGUUUAUGCUUCUGUCUGAGUAUCGGAUUCUUGUUUGUCAGAAGUGCCAACAGGCUUGCUUGGCUCGCGAAAUUGCCACUCAUCUUGCCAAAAAGCAUCCUGGAAUAGACCCAGGGACUCGGCGUAGGCUGGUGGAAGAUACUAAAGUGAUACCGAAUGUGCUACAAAGUCGGGUCGAGUUAUCUCAAUUACAGUAUCCACCACCAACAACCGAGCCCAUCCCUUGCCUUGCUCCACCCAAGCUUGACGUGCUCGAAUGCAAAAAUUAUGGUUACAAGAUUCGCCAAGUUCAGGCGAUGCAAGAGCACUGUACUGAGUCUCAUGGCUGGGUCAAUCCCAGAGGCAAAGGAAGACCGUCAAUAGGAUAUCUGGCGGCCGAUCCUCUGCCUUGGAUAGAAGGUGUUGCAUGUCAACGAUUCUUUCCUUCUCGGGAAGGUAGUAAAUGGUUCCAAGUCAACAUACAGACAAAGAAACAGGCGAACAGAUCGAGAGAAAAAUCCUGUGCCAAGAAGGCGCAAGAAACACUCCAGGGUCUUACAUCUGAAGCGUCCACCCAUCUACAACAAGUCAUAGAUCGGGAAAUCCAAUAUCGAGAAGCUAUGAGUCAACCUCGAGCAACCGUCAAUGAAACAGGCACCGAUACAUUUGCCGCUACAAGCCUGUGGCUGGACAGAACGAAAUGGCCUUCUAUCUACCGAGGGUCUCGACGAGACGUCCUGCGAGCGUUGAUCAGACUACCCGAUCGCCACUGUCUUGACGCAGACUACAUUUUGGGACAGGGCAAUUCGGAAGGCGCACCGAACCUUGUAAGCCCAAGAGAGGACGAACAGAAGAUCUCAUGCAUCAUGAGAGCACUUGACUUGGUAAUAGACCGUUGUGAGGAUACGGUUCGCUGUACUAGUCAUAAUCUUCUUUGCUGGCUGCUCAGCUCGAGGCUCCAGAGUCGUCGGGAGAUCGCUUUCAGCCUUGUGGCAGAGAGGAGUAGCGAGAUUAGAUAUCGAAGGACUCAGAAGCAGUUCUUGGCUUUUAUCCUGCGAAUAUACCGAAUGCCGGGUAACUCUCGGCGAGAAAUGAUGAAUGUGAAGAUAAAGCCCGAGAUCUCCACACAGCUAGAUAGAAUUUGGGAGCACGAUAUUUGGAACCAUCUCGAUGUGUCGAAGGGGAAUUGGCCGGUCAUGGAAAGACAGGGAAGUCCCCCGGUACGAACACAAUCUGGUCCUAUAGGCGGCCAAUCCACUGACGUUCCUCUCAACAUCCGAGCUUGUCAAGGAUCAGAUGGGAAAGAAGGCGCCGAGGAUGGCGAGAUAGACGAUGAGAACGUUGAAGCUUGGGAGCUUGAAGACGAAGACGACGAAGACGACUAUGAUGACUCUGGAUAUUACGAUGACGAUGCUGAUGGCUUCAUUGGUAUUGCACAGCGACCGGAAGCCAGACAUUUCGAGUGUUUCGACGAAGUCCGAGCCAAGUAUAUGGUUUUAGGCUCGCAGUACCCGUUGGCAGAGCUGAUAAGCCUUCGAGAUUUCGGACGUAACGUUGCACGCACUGAACCACCAUCUAUGCUUUUCCACUGGAGCAACGACGGCGAGAUAGUGUCUCAUUCCACAUUUCAAGUAACAAUGAAUGACUUUCGCAAACUCCCAGACUAUUUCAUUACGCAGGCAGAAGCACUAUGUGAUCGAUUGAUGUUUGGUAUGCAUCCAAACGUCGAUUUAAUGAAGGUCAAGGAUGAUAUCGCUAGUUCAAAAAGUGGUUAUAGCUUUAUUAAAUGCACUGAGAAUGGUCUUGAGUCAGCAUACUUGGAAUUAUUAGUUCGUGCCUAUACUGCAGGCAGAAACGGACUAGCUAGAGGCGGAAUAUGGAGAUGGCACGCUGUAACAGCAUAUUUGAAACAAGUCAACAAGAUGGAGGAGCACCUCGCAGGUGGCCUUUACACUGCCUGCGGCCAGACUCCACGAAUCAGGGAACUUCUCAGCCUACUCUAG